AGUUCCUAUCAGAAACUGCAGCUAUAUUGGCAAAAUCCGUGUACACACAGUGUGAGCCUGCUGCCAAAGGGAUAUACACCAAGUACGAACCACUAGCCGAACAGUAUGCUUUGUCACCUUGCCAGUCUCUCAAUCAUCUUCCUCUUGUUCCUAAGGUGGCUCAAGCCGUUGCUCCAACGGCUUCUUACUUGUCUGAGAAGUACAACCAGACUGUCCAAGUUGGUGCUGAGAAGGGGUAUAGAGUUGCAACGUAUCUUCCCUUAAUGCCCACUGCCAAGAUUGCUAGACUGCUGACUAAUGCAAGCCCUGUGGAGACCACCAGCUAAAAGGAGUAAAGCACUGUGUGAGUAAGAGUAGUAGCCCUGUAUUUCUUCUGAUACAUUUGAAC